AUGGCCGGUUUGAUCGACAAGGUGGAACAAUUUGUUUCAGAUACGGUGGCCAACAUGGAGAAGCCUAAGGCCACUGUGAUAAAUGUCAAUCUGAAAGGUAUCAACCUUGAUUCCGUCUCCUACACCGCGAAAGUCAACGUUUCAAAUCCUUACAUCACGCCUGUUCCAAUCGGGGAAUCCACUUAUGUACUUAAAAGUUCGGGCAGUGUGAUUGCAUCAGGUAAAAUCCUUGACCCGGGAUCAAUUAAGGGAAACGGUGACACUUUACUAGAUGUUGAGAUCAAGGUGCCUUAUAGCGCAUUGAUAGGCUUGGUGGAGGACAUUGCCGUUGAUUGGGACAUUGAUUACGAACUUCAGCUAAACUUGGUUGUUGAAAUCCCCCUAAUUGGUAACAUCGGCAUACCCAUAACUCACAUAGGUGUGAUUAAGCUCCCAUCACUCAUUGAUUUGUUUACCUGA